CGACUAAGGGAAUCCUGUAAGUCAAAGCGUUUUCGCACAAUUAAUGAGUCUAAACGUCUCUCAAGCUCUUGUAAUUCAACAUAUUGAUUUGCUUCCAGUAUAGUUUCCAAAAGUUUCUCAGGAAUUUCACGUUCUAAUAGUCGAAUCUCUUUUUUUACCUCACUUGCUUCUUUAGUAUCUCGCUCAUUACUUUUUUCGCUGAGAUUAGGAUUUCCCGACAUGAAUUCUAAAUUAAAAUGAAAACAAUGACUAUAUUCGCUGGUUGGGUCGAAUUUUUUGAUACUUGAGAAACUAUAUCGUUGGACGAAUGAAUAUGGCUAUGAAGAACUUAUGGUGUUGAGUAAAUGAAUCCAUGUCUGCCUUUUAACAUAUGAGAAUUAGCAGCAAAAAUCAAUUUAUUUAAAUAAUUGAGAUUUUCUACUUUAGUUUAAUACCCAUUUUGUUCGUUUAGGAUAUUAUUUUACGAUCAUUGUUGGCACCCUGCAAAGUCCUGUGGUUAUUCCUCAUUGAAGAAGUUUUUUAUUUAUUUCAGCAAUUCCUUAAGAAAUAAAAACAAUAAUACAAGAAAUCUCUUUUACUAUAUCGCCUUUUCCUGUUUAAUGUCAAAUCACUUGAGUAACAUUGUCACUUGUAGGUUUCCUUCAUGAAAUAAGCAGCAGAGGCAUUAGCAAGCAGCUACCAACAACAUGCCUUCAAACGCGAGCAUUGAACUAGCAGGAGCUGAGCUAAAAAGCAAGAACUUUGCAAAAGCAGAGGCUAUUUAUAGAGAAAUUCUUCAAAAAAAUGUAAAGAAAGAUGACUCUCUAAUUAACGAGCAAGAACAAGCGAUGGUCGGCUUGAGCGAUCUCUAUGUUGCUGAAAAUCGUCAUGAAGAUUUAGCCAAAUUUGUUCAAGAAGUUAGACCGCUGAUGUCGAAUUUUUCGAAAGCUAAAUCCGCAAAAAUUAUUCGUACAUUGAUAGACAAGUUUUCCGGUGCCAAAAGUUCAUUACAUUUGCAGAUUGAAGUCACCAAAAGCUGUAGAGAAUGGGCUGUUGAGGAAAAGCGAACUUUCCUUCGUCAAGCCUUAGACACAAAGCUUAUUUCCUUAUAUUACGAAAACAGCUCUUAUACCGAUGCCAUCAAUUUAACGAAUACUAUUCUUUUUGAACUCAAAAAGAUGGAUGAUAAAAUGCUUCUCACAGAAGUUCAUCUAUUAGAAUCUAAAGUUUAUCAUGCCAUUAGAAAUAUCCCCAAAGCCCGUGCUUCCCUUACUGCUGCCCGUACAGCCGCUAAUGCCAUAUACUGUCCUGCUGCACUUCAAGCCAGCCUAGAUAUGCAAAGUGGUAUUUUACAUGCUGAAGAGGCAGACUUCAAAACCGCUUACUCCUACUUUUAUGAAGCUUAUGAAGGAUAUAAUACAUUGGAUGACGUGAAAAAGGCUCUUUCUUCUUUCAAAUAUAUGCUACUUUCUCAAAUCAUGUUAAACUCUAUUUCUGAAGUAAAAUCUUUGUUAACAGGGAAGCACUCUGCAAAAUAUUCCGGAAGAGACAUAGAGGCCAUGCGUGCUGUUGCUCAAGCUCACGAAAAUCGUUCUCUUGCUGACUUUGAAAAGGCCUUGCAAGAUUUCAAGCAAGAAUUGGCCUCUGAUCCUAUCAUCCGUUCCCACCUAAGUACUUUAUAUGAUAACCUCCUAGAACAAAACUUGCUUCGCGUCGUGGAACCAUACAGUCGUAUCGAAGUUUCACACAUUGCCAAUGUAAUUGGUCUCUCUACCGUACAGGUUGAAGGAAAGCUUAGUCAAAUGAUCUUAGACAAAGUGUUUUAUGGAAUUCUUGAUCAAGGUAGCGGUAUCUUAAUUGUCUUUGAUGAACCACAACAAGAUAAAACUUAUGAGGCUGCUUUGGAGGUCAUCAAGAAUAUGGGAACAGUUGUUGAUCUACUGAUUGAAAACAAAGCUUCUGCUUUACUUUAAAAUGUUAUUUUCAUAUUUCAUGAGCCCAAAUAAAUAAUCUCUUAUUCAAAAUUUUUUGAGUAGAAGUUUAGGUAAAUGACAAAAACUUAAAUUCGUAUUGGUAGUGUAGUUGAGUCUCGCGC